UCGCGGAACCUCAAGAAGCUUCCAGUUUCUCUCUCUCUCUCUCUCUCCAUCCAUAUUUCCUGCUGUUCUUGCCAAAGUAGAGGUACCCAGAAUCCAGUAGGCCAUGGGACAAAUUCUGGAGAAAUUGCAAGGCACCAACACUUUUGCCCACUUCAAUCUUUCUCAGUUUGAUUUUUUGGGUGAGGAGUUUAGACGAAGACGACUAGGAACAAUAACAGACAAUUUUUUCGACCGUUUCAAAAAUGAUUCAGGGAGAGCUAAUUUGACAUUUGAAGAUCUGUAUAUUGCCGUGUUACUAGUUUACAAUGACAUCAACAAGCAUUUGCCUGGGCCUCAUUUUGAUCCCCCUUCGAAAGAGAAAGUCCGGGCCAUGAUCCAGGAUUGUGAUAUCAACCUUGAUGGAGAACUUAACCGGGAAGAAUUUGUAGGGUUUAUUCACCAAUUGACAGCAGAUACAUUCACCUUGGUCAGCCAGGGACUGAUCACUACACUGGCUGUGGCUCCAACAGUUGCAAUAUUGACAAAGAAGGCGACAGAAGGUCUGCCGGGUGUUGGUGUGGUGGUGCAGAGGUUGCCCACUUCAGUCUAUGCAUCGCUGGUGACUCUUGCAGUUAUGUUGUACCAAAAAUCAUUCCGGGCACUGGAAUGAGCCUUUUCUUAGCUGAUAUGCAUGCUACAUUUCAAUCAGAUAGUCAAGUAUCCCAUCUAGUUAUCUGCCACAAAGAGCGUAUAGAUCUAAUAUUCAUACGUCGGAUGAGGAGUGUUAGUGUUUGAAUCGGGUGUUUCUGGUCACUUAACAACAAAGAAAACAAACGGCUUGUUUUUCUGUUUUCACUUUCAUUUUCAAGUGCCAAAGCUGUAUUUACAUAUGACAGUAAGAUGGAUUCUCAUGCUCCAGAAUGAGUACAUUUCUUCAAGAGUUGAAGUUGAAGUUGAAGUUGAAUGGAAGCAAUUCAUU